AUGAAAUCGCACAAUUUUCGCUUGUAAAAUAAAUAAAAAAAUACCAAAAACAUGUUCGGCUGCAUUUAUCAGUUAUGGGACUGGUUGGAAGCACCCCCGUUAUUUACAGGGGCAACAAUGGACGCCAAAAAAUUGCAACAAUUGCAGCAGGCAAAUGCACAAAAGAAAAUACCGCUUGCAUAUCAAACAAAUAUUGCCGAUUACCGUACGGCAACACAUUCGCCAGUCUUCCAACAACAGCAUCAUUCACAAGGUGGUUAUCAUAUGAGUGGCACGGGCUAUCAGCAAAGUCCUACAGCUACUUCAUCGAGCGGUGGACCAUUGACGCCAAUCGAUAUGCAGCCGCAACCAAAUAAAUUGCUAAUGAAGCACAAUCUUGGCGGUAAUGCGUCGAGCAGUUCUCAUAGCUCACCUUAUCACCAGUCAUAUACGAGUAGUGAACAAAUAUAUCAGUCACCAAAUGAGCGAGCUUAUUUGGCAGCAGCCGGUCGGCUGCAAGCAACAUCAGCCAAUAAUCCUGCCAAUACACUGCAACAACAGUAUCAACAAUUGCAGCAAGCUAAAGUGCAGGCACAGAUCCUAACACAAAGCGAGGCAGUGCAACAACAACAACGCACUUUUGCACUUAGGCAAGCUUUAAAUCCACCGGUUCCACAAGGUCAUUACCAUAUGAGCCAAUCUUCAAGUAUAGUGUCCUCAAUGACGCUGCAGCAACAACAGAGUCAACAACAACAGCAAGGCGCAGCACAUAAUCAACGUGCACCGCCUUCAAGUUUAAACUUACCCACCCAAUUUCAACCGGCAAGUGGGCCACUUAAAGUUAAUCAAAAAGGUCAAACGAACCAACAACAGUACUAUCAUCAACAGCAACAGCAGCAAGAACAACAGAUAUAUGCGCAACAACAACAACAGUUUCAAUUGCAACUCCAAUUACAACAUCAACAACAACUGCAGCAACAACAUCAGCAACAGCAACAGCAACAGCAGCAACAACAACAGCAACAUCAGCGCCUUAAGCCUGAUCAACAAACACCUGGCAGUGAACAUAGUCCAGUUUAUAUACAACAGAAUCAUCCUGGACACGUUGUUAACCAAGCCUGUCAGACACAAAUUUCUGGCGUUAAACCAGGUAGCGUGCAACAGAAAAUUACACCUAGUUCAGAGGACUCCUCUACGAAGAGUCCAACACAUAUACAGCUUGAUCGUAAGAAAAGUGUGGGCUCCAUACAAGCUCUAAAAUCACCCAUAACAAAGCGACCGCCUGCUUCACCAGUCACACUUUCAGGCUGGCUAUAUAAACAAGGUUCAGAUGGGCUUAAAGUUUGGCGUAAACGUUGGUUUGUACUAGCUGAAUAUUGUCUAUAUUAUUAUAAGGGCCCAGAGGAGGAGAAGCUGCUGGGUUCAAUAUUACUGCCAUCAUAUAAAGUAUCUGCUUGUCUGCCGGAAGAUAAAAUAUAUAGAAAAUAUGCUUUUAAAUGUGAGCAUCAAAAUAUGCGCACAUACUGGCUUGCCGCCGAAACUGCUGAAUCUAUGGUGCAAUGGGUACGUGCGCUGACUGCAGCCACAAUGAUGCAAGCACCUAGCAGUGGCGAAUCAGAUCAAAAUUCACAACCUAGUGUCUCGUCGUCACUCAAUCAUAGUGGCGAAAAUUCCGAUUCCGGCAUACACACUUUACAAUCACAACAAAGUAAGAUGAGUCAAGGCCAAGUUACACCGGCUUCGGAAAAUGGUGGAAAUGCAGCUAAUGCACAUGCUAAUUCUGCCUCGAGUAGUAAUAGUGGCGGAGCACAACCAUUGUAUGCAAAUGCACCACCAAAACCAAGACGUACUAAUGACGGUGGCUACUCAUCCCCAAGUCCUGAGCAUUCCAUUGACAAUGAACGCAAACAUCAACAACAAACUGGAGCGCAGCACGCUAGUCGUCGUAGUGGCAUCAUGUCACCUACAUUACAACAAAUGCAGCAACAACAAUACCAACCACAAAGAUCUCAACAACCACAGCAACAUCAUGCUAUUUACGAUACGCGUACCGGUAAUGUGUCGACAGCAUUGCGUUUACAACAGGCACAGCAACAAUAUUCCAUCGAUAAUCUGGAAGCACAACUGCAACAACAAAUGCAAUUAGCCGGUGAGGAAUAUGGCAAAACACAUAACGAUUACAUGGAGAUGGAGGAACAAAUUAUGAGAUUACAACAGCAACAACAACGUGCAGAUGAUAUUUAUGGCGAGCGUGAAUUAUACAUGCAAAAGGUUAUACAGCAACGAUACCCAACACAGUCGUCUGGCUAUCCAAAUACAGAACGCCGCACACCAGAUGCGUACGGACGCUCGAAGAAUCGUGUUUUCUCUGAUUACGAGGACAUUUACAAUAUGACACAAGGUGGUCCAACAUCGGCACAGGAGGCUUUAUUGCAGGAAGCCGCUAGUUAUCGUCGACCACUUAGUCCCCCUACUUAUGACGGCAGUAAACAUGUACCAGCCAUGCCGAACAGAUACACGCCAAAUCAUUUGGAGCAUGCAUCCAAUCAAAGUGGCAGUAACAUAAACUUACGUUCACGACCUGUUGCCGCAAUAGUGCGACCACAUUCCGCAGACUUCCUAGAGUAUGAAGCACGUGCAGAAGCUGCUGCUGAUGAAGCAAUGGGUAUGAUUUCGCCGACACUCAAACAGGAUGCAAUACGUGCACCACGUCCAAAAUCAAGUCUAGACAUCAAUCGCACACCUGAUAGUUUCUACUAUUCUGAAGCAAGUUAUGCUGAUAAAAUGCGUAAAAGCGCUUUAUAUUUGCAACAUCCUCAAAGCGCAAACGCAGCACAACCACAACAGCCUGGUCCUUAUAGGACACAAGAUUUCCUAAGUCCCGUCGGUAGUGGCUUAAAUACAAUCGGUUAUGAGAAUCCCUAUGAACGGGCCUAUAAACGUAACGAAUUAUUGAAUGACGCACUGGGUACACAUGGUGCAUCAAGCAUACCACGCAUGAGUCGAGCUGGUAUAAUACCUGGUGGUUCACAUGUAAGAUCACAAUCAUCGCAUCCACAUACAGCCACACAACAUGCUUCACCACAACAUCAAGCUCAAGGCUCCUAUUUUCAACCAGCGGUUUCGACGCAACAAAUUAUACAACAAAAUGAACAAUUUUUACGUUCGGCUAGUGCACGUUUACCCAAAAGAACUGGUGGUUUUGAUGAUGAUUAUAAUUCAACACCUAACAGCGUUGGUGCUACAUCACCGCCAACAGCUGCCAAUACAAAUACAGCACAGGAUGGUGAGCGUAAGCGUGAGGAAUCUAUGAAACGUUUGCUCGAAUGGAAACAGCGUAUGCUACAAUCACCACUGACACGAAAGGGCAUACAACAAACUAAUAGUGGUAGUAAUAUGUCAGCUAUGUCCAAAUUGGGCAGCAAUCCUAAUAUACUUUUAGCUUCAACUACUGUGGCAAGUGGUGCACACUAUGGACCUACAGCCGCUGGCACAAAUGCACCUAUGGCUGGAAAUAGCUUGGUAGGCGGUGUAAGUGGCAUACAACGUAGUCGUUCCGAGACGCAUGCUAAUACUGGACCUAUUGGUUAUAAUAGUUACUCGUCCGAUGAUGAAGAUGGGACGGACAUAAAUGCGCCGGCAGGAAGGUCAACCAACACACCAACUCCUAACACGGCUGCUGCUAGAAACAGUAGUAGCGCGUUAAAAGCAAACUCUACUGCGUGUAGUAGUAGUAACAGCAGCACCGAAUGCAACACAACAAAAAUAAUAACAAUAACAACUGCAAAUAUUGAAACACAAAAUACACAGUCAACACGAUUGACACAUUCGACACAUCCAACACACUUGACAUCAUUGACACCAUUGACACAUAUGACAAAUACAAACACAACACCCACGACCAACAUUAGAACCGAAUCGACAGUCACACAUAGCACACAGAAAAAACUGAAACCAAUUUUAAAAAUCACUGACCCGACUAAGCCAAUCCUUAAAGCCAAUCCGUUGCCAGCAAAUGUAAGUACAACUCAUGGCAGUUUGGAUGCACAGCAAACAAAUUUGACUGGCAGAAAUUUACGCAUCAAUAUGACAGCACUUAAAUCUGAAAACGUAACCACUCAGGAUGUUGCUCCUAAUUUGAGUAUGCACGGUAGGUCGGCUUCUGUGCCUAUAUUGCCGCAGAAACCCGCACCCAAAUCACCACAAAUUACUUCAUAUACGCCAGUGUAUAAUACAAAAACUUUAACCACCACCCCCGUUAAGAAUUAUGAAAAUAUAGAAAUAAUUUUAAGUGAAAGCAAAAAUAAAGAAGCCACAACAUCCACAGAUACUACAAAUGAUAUAACUGAGGCUAAUAAGGAAAUAAGUUUAAUCGAUCGAACAUUAAGUGAUUGCACUGAUACCGAUUCUGUUAUCAUUAAUGAUGAAGAAGAAACUCCCAUGCUAAUGAAUUUAAAAAUUUUCAAAGAAACACAAGAGGCUAGAGAAUUACUGAGUAAACGUGCAAAUGAAUCUAGUGCUACAGAAAGUACAAAUGAAACUGAAUUACCUGAAAUAGAUAGCAACCUUGAGGCGGAAGAGGAAAUUGAUGAAGUAUGCGACGAAGAUGAUGACACAGCAUGUGAAGAAUACACUGAUGACGACCUUGAUGAGGCUUUAGCCGAAGAUGCUGACAUUGAUGACGAAGCUACAACCACAAUUGAAACUACAAAUCUAAAAAUAGUGCUAACAAAAGAGCACAUUUCAUCCAUCAACAACGGUAAAGAACUACAAACAUUAAUCGCACAUCAAGCACAGCUCGAUGAGAAUCAUUAUUUGCCUAUGACACCGAAGAAAACUGACUUUACUGGCACUCUGGCACUAUUCAACAUGUGUGACUCUACUGCGGAAGAGGAGAAUCCAUAUGUUGAGAUGACUAAAGGCUUGCAUGAUGAUGACAACCGAUCGAACUAUGAAGUUAUGUACAUUAGUUCUACCACAAAUGCAUUAAUAACAAGUGCAGCAGCAAAAGCAAAACAGCUACAAAUCCAAUUAGAGCCAGUAUACAUGGAACUUUCUAGUGGUAAGUCUACAGCUAGUACAAGCGCUGCAGCUAACACAACAACUACACAAUCUGCUGGUACUACGAAAACGGAAGAAGCUCAAAGUGGUUCAGGAAAAUCCACACUUAAAAAGAAUAAAAAGAAUACGGAUACUUUAAAAAAGAAAUCAAAAAAACUAGUCACAGAACGCACACAAAAUAAACGUAAAGAUUUACCCGAUAUAUUGAAACCCUCACAAAGUACUAUGGCUUUAGAUACAGAUAGCUCUGAUGCAGAUGAUGAGUCUUCGAAAUAUGUUGAUGCAAAAAAAAUGCGUUCUCGCUCACGUUUCAGUUUAUCAGAUACCUUUAGACCAGCCUCAUACUAUUUGGGCUCUUCAACACCAUUGGCGAAUUGUACAGAGAGUUCAGAUAGUGAAAUAGUGCCACCACCGCCUAUACCUGCAUCCCCACCACCAAUGGAAGAGCUAAAAACUGAAGAAAUUUUCUCUUCAGAAAACUACGAUACUGUUAAACGACGCGAUAGCAGUAGUGGUAGUAAAUAUAAUUUAUCCUAUGAACAAAUUCCAAAAAUACAUUCCAGCAAUUCAUCUUUGAAUUUGCCAAAAUCAGAAGCAACAUUGAAAAGUAGUAGACUAUCAUUACCAGAUCAAUUUGCAAAAGUACGUAGUACAAAUCACCUAAAACCACCACACCCAGCUGUAUUGAAACAUCAUGAACGUACACUUUCUGACUCCAAUUACAGUUUUCAAACUGAUAACAGCUCAAAUAACUCAUCGGAUUUUGAUCUCUACAAUAAAUUGAAGCAGAACUCGCCUUCAUUUGUUGCUACACCCAUACGUUAUCCUUCAAACAGCUCCUUGCAGCAUAAGUAUAGUUUUAAUGUUACUGUUACUGGUACUGGUGACAGUAGUGAAACCGAUUCGGUAGAAUUUCGUCAUAGACAAGGCUCCGACUCUGAACUGGAACGACAACGUUCACGUCGCCCAUUGUCUGAGGAAUCUAUAAGUGAAAUCGAAUCACUGAGCGAGAAAUUUGAAGAAACACUCAACUCAUCCGAUCUCGAUACAUAUUUGCAUCAACUACAAAACAGCGAUUUGUAUUUGUACAAUAACAGCACCUACGAAAGUGCUAGUAGUUUACUCAAUGAUACAGCCGCGGCUGCUGGAGCCAAUAUACUCACAAAUUUAAUUAAACCACCUAAAAUAUUUAGAAAUAAAGACGAUGAGCAUUUCUAUGGCAAUAUACAUUUUGUUUCCUCAACUGAUUCCUUGCAGAAGUUAGAAGUUGAAACCAAGGAUAGCAAUAUGGAACACGUGCUCGAUUUGUUAGGUGCUACCAGCAUAACACCAACUUCAGUGGACCAAGAACAAAGUCUGUUCCUAACUCCCAUGCAUAGUCGCAAUAAUAGCAAUAUUUCAGAACAAUCUGCACCCUACUAUUACUCAGAGUUAAGUAGUAGUCGUGAAAUGUUAACCACACCAACAACAAAUAAUACCAUCACAUUGAAUAAUCAACGCGAUAUACAUGCACAAAGUGGCUCCAAUAUAGCACAUAUACACAAUCCAAUAGAGCGGCACAGCAUUGAUGUAGAGAGCUUAGCAGAUAAAGACCAAGCUAUCGAUAGUAAAAACUUGUAUAAAAUGAAAACCAACAUUGAAAAAUUAAGCUACAGUACGGGUAAAAAUCUGAAAACUGGUGAACCCUUUCAAAAUGCAAGUGUCACUUCACAAGCAUUCCAUCUGCAGCAAAUGCAGAGCCCUCAACUAAAAUUACGUAAUUUGCAAACUAACCAAAAUAUUCAUAACCAAGCACAAUUAUCAACUAACAUGCCUAAUACAGAAAAUGAGCAAGACCAUGCCCAGUCACUACACCAAGCAUACACAUUUCCAAGCACAUCUCAAGGUGUAGUGGCAACCACAAGUGAACGUUAUGCUAAGAACACAAAUGUAAAGCAAGGGAAAGUAGCACUUAAAAAUGUUGUUGGUGGUGGUCAUGUUAUUGAGUCUAUAUCCCCACAUAGUCAACACCAUAAGCUUAAUACGCCUCAUAGAGUGCGUAAGACAAUCACUGAAAACUGUAACAAUAAUGACAGCAAAAUUUCAGUUCCAGGUGCGCCACAAAGCGGUGAGUUGUUGUGGGAAGAGGACACACUGUGGCGUGAAAGUUUGCGAAAAGUAUCACAGCGACAUGCACGUUCACUAGAUGAUCUCGAUCGCAUAGCGGGUGCAUCGUUAGUGUGUAAAAGACUGGAACCAACAACAAGAGAAAUUGAAAAGCACACCAAAGUUAAAAUCACACGAGAUGUAACUUAUGUGAAUGAUAAUAUAUCACAACAGCUACGUGCUAGCUUCAAACCACGCUAUAGCGAACCAAUGCGGACUGGGGCACCAUCAGCUGAACAAAGUGCUGUACUUCAACAACAUUUCGUUGCAGACAGAAAUAAUGAAAACGAUGUUUAUGUGCAAUUAAUGACAGAUGCUAUGAAUGACAUGCAAGAUCCGAAUUCCUCCGAUGUUUAUGAGGUGUUGCGAGAAGAUAGCAGCUCAAUUAACUCCUAUAAAUCGGCUGAAAUAGAUCGUGAAACACUGCGUCACUGGGAUUCCAUGUCAAGUGGCUUGAUAAAUACGCCAAAUCUGUGCAAUAAUGGUAAUGAUACCGAAGAUAAGAACUCAAACAUCUCAACUGUUAAGACGAUCAUAACACAAAUGAAUGCAAAUUCGGAAGCAGACGCCAACACAAACUCACAUGUAAAUAGUAUUAGUUUAGAGGACACAGUGCAAAAAUCAACAUAUGACAUACAUGAGUAGACUAAAUGAGAUCAAUUAAAACUUAAUUUUAAUUUGGCGAAAUGUAAAAUAAAAAAUAUUUA